CCGGCAUCCUUCCAUAUUUCCUACGUGCAGCAAUUUACAUAGUAACAUGAAUUAUUCUUGUAUACAACUGCUUACAACCCCCGGUGUUAGUCCCCAUAGUUAACCCAUUCGCAAAUACAUAGCCAUCUUGAUGUUGUCACCACCGAUAAUAUCAACUAACCUAGUGCUAUCUACAUCCUUUCUGCCAUAGAAUAAUAAUUAUACCAACAAGGUAAUACCAAAAAAUGCCUUCAAUCGAGCUGGGAGACUCGAUACCUCCUAACACUGCUCACGCCGUGAGCGUUUCACUUCCAACAUGGAGGUCAAACAUUGGGUACGAGGAGGGGGAGCAAUGGGUUCUUGGCGUUAUGGUUACCGGCUACCCCAGGUUCUUCAUCCAUAAGAGCAUCCAGGCCUUUGGUCGCGACAUCGUCGCCAAGCAUGGUGCUGCCAAUCAGCAAGCCAUUCUUUUUCCCACCAAAAAGACGGCAAACCGGUGUCUCGAGUUCAUUCGAAACAAAGCGCUCGAGUCGGAUUUGAAGGACCUCGACGUCCUCCACUUGGUCUUGGACCCGACUAAGAAGGCCCCGGCGGGAUUGCCUGACACGCCGUCCAUCUCGGCCGUUUUGUGCACUUCUGAUUCUUUCCCUUUUGCUAAGCAGUACUGGCAGCACUCCGGCGACGGUGUUUCUAGCCGCCGUGCUGAAUUCUACCAUGCGCUGUUCAAAGAGAAUAUGCUCGUACCCGAGGACAAGGCGUCGUCGUCGUCGCCCCGUCCGUUAAACAAGUUGGGUCGUGGGCCGAAAAGGUAUCGACGGACAGCUUCUAUCGACGACACUCAAAACGGGUCCAACGGGUCAAACAACAAUCGCCAGUAUCCCGUAACCCUUGACCCUCCUGCCGACGAGACAACGACAGAUGCUCUCGAAAGCUCAAGGUUCCUAGAAGAGCGAUACGGGCGAAAUCUCGACCUCUCCCUCGUCCCUAACGCCAAGUCAGCCAUCAGGCGCCGCAUCGCCGGCGUCCUAACCACGGAAAUCGACCUAGAAAGCACCGCCUUACCUACUAUGGAUUCCUAUGCCCGCGGCAUCUCAAAUUUUAAGGAGGACGACAUAUACCUGGUCCCCUGCGGCAUGAGCGCCAUCUUCACAACGCACCAGACCCUGCUCAAGGCGCGCGAGCCCCGGAAGAGUAUCAACUUCGGAUUCCCCUACGUCGACACCCUUAAGAUCCUGCAGAAGUUCGGGCCCGGAGCUAUUUUUUACGGCCGCGGGUCUAGCGCCGAUCUCGAUGACCUCGAGAAGCGCCUUGAGGGCGGAGAGAAGUUCCUCGGGCUGUUUUGCGAGUUUCCCGGAAACCCUUUGCUGACUUGCCCCGACCUCGCGCGCAUCAGGCGACUCGCCGAUACAUACGACUUCGCAGUCGUCGUCGACGAGACUGUCGGCAACUUCGUGAACGUGAACGUUCUCCCCUUCGCCGACGUUGUCGUCUCCAGCCUAACGAAAAUCUUCUCAGGCGACUGCAACGUCAUGGGGGGCAGCAUCAUCCUCAACCCCAACAGCCGGUUCUACACUUCCUUGAAACAAGUCAUGACCGCCGAGUUCGAGGACACGUACUGGGCCGAAGACGUUAUCUUCAUGGAGCGCAAUAGCCGAGACUUCAUUUCGCGGAUCGAGCGCGUCAACGCCAACGCCGAGGCCAUCUGCACGGUCCUAGCCGCGCACCCCCUAGUCGCCAACGUCUACUACCCCAAGUACAACGACUCGCGGCCCAACUACGAGGCCUGUAAACUACCAUCCGGCGGGUACGGAGGCCUACUCUCGUGUACGCUUAAGACGAAGGCGCAUGCGAUGGCGUUCUACGACGCGCUGGAGACGGCCAAGGGGCCUAGCCUAGGCACGAAUUUCACGCUUACAUCACCGUAUGUAGUGCUUGCGCAUUACCAGGAGUUGGAGUGGGCGGCAAGCUUUGGGGUUAAUCCGGACUUGCUGAGGGUUAGUGUGGGAUUGGAGGAGGAUUUGGUGGAUGUUUUUACUAGGGCUUUGAAGGCGGCGGAGGAGGUGCAGGAGGAGAGUAAAUGAAUAAGGAGAGGGGGGUGGG